UGAUUUGCUACGGAGCGAACUACAUCUCCCGGCAGGCUGCGGAGGGGUUGGGAUAGGAGGACCGCCGCCCCGGCCUCCCUUAGCUUCCCGAAGCGGAGCAGGUCCCACCUUGGAGAGGAUGGAGGUGACCGGGGAAGCCGGGGCACCAGAACCUAGCGAGAUCCGGAUUCUAAAGCCGUGUCUGCUGCGCCGCAACUACAGCCGCGAACAGCACGGCGUGGCCGCCUCCUGCCUCGAGGACCUGAGGAGCAAGGCCUGUGACAUUCUGGCCAUUGAUAAGUCCCUAACACCAAUCACCCUGGUCCUGGCGGAGGAUGGCACCAUAGUGGACGAUGACGAUUACUUUCUGUGUCUACCUUCCAAUACUAAGUUUGUGGCAUUGGCCAAUAAUGAGAAGUGGGCAUACAACAAUUCAGAUGGAGGUACAGCUUGGAUUUCCCAAGAGUCCUUUGAUGUAGAUGAAACAGACAGCGGAGCAGGGGUGAAAUGGAAGAAUGUGGCCAGGCAGCUGAAGGAAGACCUGUCCAGCAUCAUCCUCCUGUCUGAGGAGGACCUCCAGAUGCUUGUUGACGUUCCCUGCUCAGACCUGGCACAGGAACUACGCCAAAGUUCUGCCACCGUCCAGGGGCUGCAGCACACACUCCAGCAGGUGCUUGACCAGAGAGAGGAAGCGCGCCGGUCCAAGCAGCUCCUGCAGCUGUACCUCCAGGCAUUGGAGAAAGAGGGCAGCCUCUUGACAAAGCAGGAAGAGUCCAAAGCUGCCUUCGUUGAGGAGGCGGAUGCAGUAGACAGUGGUAUCAGCGGAGAGGCCUCCUCGGAUGUUGCACUGGCAAGCCACAUCCUUACCGCCCUGAGGGAGAAGCCAGCUCCAGAACUGAGCUUAUCCAGCCAGGAUUUGGAGUUGGUUACCAAGGAAGACCCCAGAGCACUGGCUGUUGCUUUGAACUGGGACAUAGAGAAAACGGAGACUGUUCAAGAGGCCUGUGACCGGGAGCUCGCCCUGCGCCUGCAGCAGAUGCAGAGCCUGCGUUCUCUCCGGAGCAUCUCUGCAAGGAAGACCUCACUACCUGGAGAACCGCAGAAUCCUAAGCGAACCAGACAGGAUCCCACAUAGCAGCUGGAAGUGUGCCAAGGAAACGUGCGACCCUGUUUCUGUUAUCGGUAUUCACCCGCAGCCUGAGCAUUUGACUACCUAUGUACUACUCUGCCCCCUGCCUUAGAGUGUGUUCCAGAAAAGCUAUUCCAGGUCUCAACAUACGCCCUCCCACCAAUUCUGUUCUUUUUUUUUUUUUUUUUUUUAAUUUCAGCCCCACCAGCUUUAGGACUUCUGCCAAUUUUGAAUGAUAUAGCUGCACCAACGAUAUCCCACCUCCUCUAAUUACAUAUUCUUAUGUUCUCCGUUCAAAAGUAAUUGGUGGCGACUCUGGGUGCACUGCCUGACAUUUAGCCCUGCUCCACAUGGAACAAUUUAAAAAAAGAACAAGGUUGGUUUAGCACUGAAAUCUUUGACAUGAUCAGUU